GCUGCCUUACAGAACUAGAGGCAAUUUCAAGAAACCAGUGGAGUACUCUUUUAUAGCUGAUUCUACAAGAAGCUUUCUCAUCCAACUGAAUUAUCAGAGAAUUACAGGAUUCAAAAUGAAAUUCAUCUUCCAGUCCUUCCUCUAUUGCUGCCUGCUGGCGACAGUAGCACACUGUGUGGAACUUGAAGUGAAUCCAGAGUUGAAAAAAAGGCUAAGCAUAUGGCUAAGUAGCAGAUUGAGACGCGAUCUUGACAGUGUAUCAGUAGAGAAGACAGCAGAGUCUGAAUACUUUGUCAGACCAGAGGAUAUCAGGGAUACCUUGCUGCCACAUUCCAGCACUGACAUCAAUGUCCGAGCCAAGAGGUCGAAAAACUCCUCCAACCCGUCAAGAAGACAAGGUUGUUCACUGGGCACCUGCACGGUGCACGACCUGGCACACCGCCUGCACCAGCUCAAUAACAGGUUGAAGAUUGGGAGUGCCCCUGUUGACAAGAUCAGCCCGCAAGGAUACGGCCGGAGGCGUCGAUCUGUCCCGGCACACAUGCUCACACUGAGGCUGGAGCAGGACAGGCUGAGACCCAGUUGGAGAAUAACUGACUCACAAGUUCACAAGCUUGAGGCUCUCCUCAGACGGACUUGAACAAGGAGUUGAGAACAAAAGCAAGAGAGUAGCUGAGAGUUAGUGUCCUCUCUGCUCUGCUCUAAAAUUCUCCAAAUGCCUCCGACUCCUGCCAAGUAUUCUCCAGCACAUUUUUUCCAGGCAUGAGGACUGAGUCAGAGCAAGACUGGCUGCACUGAGUUUCUCUAGAGGCUGAGACUUGCAGCUCAGAGGUGUAGAGCGUGCAAACAACUGCAGCUAGCUUACAGACACUGGAUGGCACAGCGUGGAGAAAACUACAGGUGCUGCUCUCUGCUUGGCAGAGGGAAAGGAAGAGUGCUAAUACCUGGCAAAGUGCACACAUCCUCUGGCUUAAAGAGGGAACUCUCUUCAAACAUUCUGGGACUUUACACACUUAUUCCUCAAGGCCAGGACUUUGAUAAGUGCUAUCCUCUAAGGAUUAUACCAACAUGUUCCAAACUGUCAAACUGUCAGUACUUGUCUGCACUUUUCCAUUUGGACUUUGAGUCAAAUGAAUCAUCAGGAAAAGACAUCUUCAUCACAAUGCCAAACGGGAAGAUAGGCUACAGUGCUCUGAAGCUCUCAGUUUAUAUAAAGUUUUGGACACUGUAUAAGGGAAAAUGCCUUUUUUGAUUCUGUGAGAUAUGUGCCAGUCCACAAUGGAUUGAAAUAUACUUGAAAUUGUUAUUGUUUGUACAAAAACAUGUGCAAU